AUGGAUCCAGACCAGACCAAAAGUCGGUCCAUCAACGUCAACUACUGUCAUCUCGGUUUUAAGAAGGAUGAGGACGUCGGAGAUGGCACGGUUUGGGUGAAAAUCGAAGUGAAUCCACCUGGUCAGCGACAUGGAAAGUGCUACGCUACUGAUGCAUUACACUCGGAUCCUGCUAGCCGACUAGCUUUCCGCGUUAGGUACAAGAAUUCUCGAGGGGAGCAGCAAGAGAGAUAUGCCCAUGCGCGAGGACGUAAACCUCUCUACGCCGCUAACACUCUUGUCGACAUCCUCGUCGACGAUACGCCAAACGAGACGAUUGCCAAGACUUCGCGACGAUAUCUCUAUUUCACUUCAGAGAGCAAAUUCCCCGAAGAGUUGAAACGAUUUCUUGGAGGUGGUUACACCGCAGACAUUUGA